UAGUUGUUUAACUUCCUGUUAUUAUACCACAUAUAAUGUUUUUUUACAAUGUACUUAAUAUAAUAAUUUAACUAAAAUUAGAGCAAAUCUCUCUUUUCUAUCCUCAUAAUCAGGUUUAAACAUACCAGUGAAAAUUGAAAUGCCAAAAUCCACUUCAAGGAAGCUUUUUGUGGAAGUAUAGCUGUAGCAGACCAGGUUUUAAACUACCUUCCUUUAAUCACUUUUUUUUUAUUUGACUUAUUUCAUAUAUUCCCAAUUAUUAUUUUUUCAAUUGAUCAGUUAUAAAUGAACAUGAAUAAUGUCAGUCUCAUCUGAUAAUAUGCAAAGUAAUUUUCGCUGUGCUGGAAUUUUUUUUUUUUUUUUUUCCUUUUUAAUCAGUUGUUGCUUUUAUAGUCCUGCUUUACUGUAAAAUUACAGUAUCACGUUACACAUUAAGCCCUUUUAGUUUUUGUACCAUAGUUUCCCCAGAGUCACCUUGGACACUGGCAGACAAAUUUUCUCCUUAUAAAAAAAAACAAAACUUAUCUUCUUGGUGCCGACAGCAUUACUCGUCAGUAUGUUUUCCUUUGUCUAUUGUGUAUUGUCUGUUAUACUGUAUUUCGGGGGGUCACGUGGCUCUGGAUUACUGGGCUGUAGCAAGGGAUACUGCCUUGCCUCUAAUGAGAAUGUCACUCAGGUAUGCGACUGUCCAUUCUUCUGCCCUGAUCAUGUACAAUCUGAACAUUGUCAGCUGUAGAGCACAGAAGCAGCAGGCACAGUGAAGAGGUAUGGAGAGGCUUAGGGGCUGUAUGGCAAAAUGCACGGGGGAUACACACAAUACGGAAGAAGACAGGAGCACAGCACUAGAAUCAAAACCUCCCAAUAAGAUUUUAUGGGGAUCUCUGACCACUGUUUUCAUAUUAACUCUUAUUACAAUUACUGUUAUAGGAAUUCUAGGAUUUAAACCAAAUAACCAAAAGAUUGUUCAAAUACAGUUUCAAGACCAGUCUGGCUCCUCUGUGAACAGGUCUGCUUUAGUCGACAAGCAGAGGGAUGUAGUAACGUAUUACGUAACGUCCCAAACUAACCACACUACGGCAGUGCUGUUUGACUUGCAAAAUGGUUUAUUAUGUUACAGACCUGAGAACCGGGACACCUGCUUUCUGCGAAAAAUGGAAAGAGACGAUUUAGAAAACGUCCAGACCAUUCUGAAUAUGUCCAAACACAAGGUCAAUGAGUUUUGGCUGCAAGGCAACCAGACCAGAAAUCACACAGAAUUCUUAGGUGUCUUGGGAAAGAAUCAAGUGGAGCCCCUGACAUUAGGGAAACCAUUCCAGACUUUGUGUGACCGCAUACCCAUCUUCUGGGUGAGGAAAACUCAAGGUCCAGGAAAACAAAGGUUAAUUUAUUUCUGCAUUGAUAUAUGCUUUCCAAACAGCAUCUGUGUUUCAGUCUGCUUCUAUUAUCUUCCUGAGUGAACCGUGGCAUGCAUCCCAUUAUGCCAAAAGAACAACGUGGUCCUCUUUUCACUGCUGUCUCUGUACUCUGAAAAACACUUUGGUGAACUUGAGCUGCAUUGAACACUGACCAAAAAAUUAAGGGAUGGGUUUAGUAAGCUUUUACUCAAAUUCAGCACCACUUAUUUGCAAAAAAGGAAUGUUAUUCAUUCAAAUGUUUAGACAGCCUGACUUCCACUUAGAAAGAAACUGCAAAUUACAAACUGUGGCAAAAGCAUAGUAAAUCUGGUCCUUAUGGAAAAUAAAAGGUUGUAUAUUUUUUACAAAAGGUGAUAUAUGUAUGUUUGAAUCAUUUUUUUAUCGAGACAACUAUAGCAUUUGUAGUAGCUCCUGUCAAUAAACUGAAUUACAGUUUUUUUUAAAGAUAAAACAAACAAAUACCUAAAAUAUGAGACAAUAAUUUCUUAUUUGAUUACCAUAUAGGCAUUUACCAACGAUAAUCGAUGCAUUGAUGU